ACAGACAGGCAGCUCAGACGACCCUUCGCCGCUGCCACCGUCCGGCUCUUCCCUCGCCCCCGUCUCUCCGGGCCAGGUCGGAGGCUCAGACCCGAGCCCGGCGCAGAGAAGCAGAGUCAAGGACUUGGAGGUCAUGGAGGCCCAGCUGGUAACAAGGCUUGAGGAAUAUUUUCAGUGCGGGCUCUGCAACAAGCCGGCAACAAGUCCAAAGCUCCUCGAGUGCCUUCAUACCUUUUGUGCAGGUUGUCUGGAACGCGAAUCCAAUGGGAGCGAUGUCACCUGUCCCAUCUGCGAAAUGGUGACCAAGAAAGGUCUCUCUUCCCUGCCAGACAAUAUAUUUGUGUCAAACUUGCAGAACAGUGUGAGAAAGCAGCAGCAAAUCCUGGAAAGUGCAGAACAGCGCUGUGCCUCCUGUGAGGAGAAUACGUCUGCAGAGUUUGUGUGCCUGGAGUGUGACAAGGUGCUGUGUAACAAGUGCCUCCACACUCAUCAGGUGUUGAUGCCAGAUCACAAGAAGCACGUGGAGACCUUGGGCACUUUGCGAAAGUUGAAUUCAGAUGAGUUCUUGAAGAUUCUAAGAAGAUCAAAGGAUCUCCUCUGCAGCUCGCAUGAAAAUCAGACAAUUAGUCUGUACUGUAGAACCUGCUCGAUGUGGCUCUGUGUCCUGUGCGUGCUUCUGGAACACAAAGACCAUGAUUGCACCCCUGUGCGAAAACAGGUCAGCCUUUUGAAGAGCGAGCUGCAGGAAACGCUGGCAGCAAUAGUCACAAAGCAAGAAGAGUUUGUUGAAUCACAGAGCCAACUGGAACUGCUCGUGGAUGACGUGAACAAGGACAAGUACAAGCUGACAGAUCUGAUCGAAGCCCGGGUUCAGGCUGCCCUGCAGAAGGUGAAGGAGGAGGAGCGCAGGCUGCUCAAUGAGCUGCAGGAGCUUCACUCCUCCAAAACCCACAAGCUGCAGGUGAGUCUGAACAGCAUAGAGAACGUGUUGAAGAGAAUGGAGGUGAGCAAAAACGUGGUGUCCCAGUUGUUGCGCUAUGCCACAGAGCAGGAAAUCCUGAAGCUGCAUGGAACAAUCAAGUCAGCUCUCGCAGAACUACGGAAAGAAAAGCCAAUGGAUGUGCAUGUGGACAACACCAUUAUCGACUUUCAGGAAUGCUGCAAGUUUCCAGAGAAAAUGCUGGGCAAUUUGACAAUCACGAGAUUGAAACAAGAGUCCACUUUGGAUGGGAAGUUAUCGCUGCCUGGAUGCAGAAUUGCUGUUCAUUGCAACAAGGCAGUGGGCGAAUCUUCGAUGUGUAACUUCAACAAAAGGAAAUAUUAUGCAGCUGAGGAAGCAGAAACCUCCAAAAAACUGUGCGUGAAAGAAGAGCCAAGCAGCUGCACUGAGGACGAUUCCACCGCUGGCCCAAGCAGCCACCAGCAGAGCCGCAUGCCCUCCAUAGAGUGUGUCACUCUUAUCACUGACUCUAACAGACAGGAACAGGUGCCCAUGUUUAUGGACACUGUAGUCAUUGUUAGAGAAGAUGGAGCUGAAGAUGCAAUGCAGAGAGAGUCUGGAGCUGAGAUGCCAAGUGGUGGACAGGAUGGCCCUCAGCAGAGCACAGAGGAGACCCUGGUGUUCUUUGACUUGGAAACCACAGGCCCAGAAAACGAUUGUGAAAUUGUGCAGCUGUCGGCAGUGAGUGGCGAGAAGAUCUUUAACAAGUACAUCUUGCCUAGUAAGACCAUCUCGGAAGGUGCGUUUGCCAUUAAUGGAUUUCAAGUCUUGGACGGGGUCCUAUACCUUCGAGGGGAACCUCAGCAGGCCAGCAGCCUUCAGGACACCUUGGAAGCUUUCCUCCACUUCCUGCAGUCUCUGUCCUCACCUCUGAUGAUAGGGGAUAACAUCUGGAAGUUUGAUGCUCCUAUUCUUUUACGAGGUCUGCAAGAGCUCUCCAUGAAAGAUCAGUUUGACAGUUGUAUAACUGGAUUCUUAGAUACUCUCUUGCUCGCUAAAGUUGUUGUUCCCAGGUCAGAGGUCAAUAGUUAUAGGCAAAUUGAAUUAGUGAAAGUGUUUCUUAAGAAAGGUUAUAACACUCAUAAUGCUGUGGAAGACGCAAAGAGAUUGCAGGAGCUGUAUUCUGUCCUAGAAUUUACUCCAGAACAAAAGAAGAGCAGUCAGUUUUCAUUCUCCCAGCUUGAAUGCCAAGUGUCUUUGCGGCCCCUACUCAAAGAAAAUAUAAUUUUCUCUCAGUUAGUUGAUAAACUUGCAAUGCAAGGAGUAAGCAUCGAGAAGCUGCAAUUAAUGCAUCAUCAAGAUGGGGAGGAUGGGCUGAAGAACUUCUUCCGGUCUCUGGGUCACAUGGAACCCAGUUACAUCAGGCUCUCGAUGUUUUUUAGCAAGUGAAGAGCGCAGAUGUAUUGAACCUUUGAAGUUGAUUGUUAUAACUAGAGCCAGGAUUUUGCCAUAAAAGCCAUGUGCCUUUUGAUGAUUUCACCAGGGUAAUGCCUUUUUCACGAUCGAGUGCCUAAAUCAGCCUUUUUUUUGCCGUUUUGCUAAAAGGAUGUGCUAUUUACUCUAGUUGUACCGUGAUUACAAUGAAGUUUUCUAUGUUAACACGUUAAUAUUAAUGUUUUUAUUAACGUGUUAACAUAGUAUAACUUACAAGAAAAUUUCCACCACUAGGCGAAACUGGGGGCACCACCGUCGGUCGUUCAUUCGUUCAUGCCGCUGCCCGCUGUGUCUGUUUUCUCCAAGAUCUAUUUAAGAAAGAACUGCAGAUGCUGGAAAAAUUGAAGUUAGACAAAAAAAUGCUGGAGAAACUCAGCGGGUGAGUCAGGCAGAAAAGGAAUAAGCGACAUUUUGGGUCAAGACCCUUUUUCCGACUGAUCGGUUGUCUUGUCUAUUGAAAGGAAGCGGCGGUUACAGUAGGACUAGAAAGAGAGCUGGGAAGGGGGAGGGGGAGGGGGAGGAGGGAGAAGACAAGGGCUAUCUAAAAUAGAGAAGUCAAUGUUGAUACCACUGGGGUGUAGACUACCCAAGCAAAAUACCCAAGCUUGUCUCCUCACUACGUUUACUGUUGGCUCCAGUCACAAAUCUGAGUUUUCGAGUGAUCUGUUCAAGGCAUUCAUUGAUGAUGGAAUUCCACUGUGGAAAUUGGAAAAUAAAUCUCUCAGAGGUUUUUUAGAGACAUACACAGGAACCUAUACCAAAUGAGUCAUCAUUACGGAAAAAUUAUGUUGAUAGCAAUUUCAACAUUGUUGUGCAGAAAAUUAGAGUUCAAGUUGCAUGCAACAAAAUAUGGAUCUCAAUAGACAAGACAACCGAUGCUGUGAGAAGAUAUGUUGCCAAUGUGGUCAUCGGUACACUGGAGGCAGGUCAACCAUCAAAGAAGUAUUUGUUGACAUUGGAAGUAUUGGAGAAGUCAAACAGCUCCACUAUUGCUCAGUUGUUUAUAUCUUCACUUGCUGUACUUUGGCAAGAGGGUAUAAAACAUGAGAAUGUUCUUGUUUGUUACCGAUGCGGCUCUGUACAUGAAAAAAGCUGCUUGUGCUCUUAAAAUUUGAUUCUCCAAAAUGUUGCAUUUGACAUGCUUAGCUCAAAGACUUCAUAGAAUUGCCAAGUACAUAAGUAGCUUGUUUCCCAAUGUCGAUCUCCUAGUUUCCAAUUUGAGGAAGAAAAACUUCCUCAAAGCACUGCAGUUCAAGGAAAUGACACCUGAGAUUCCGCUAACUCAUCAGCCCGUUUUGAUUAGAGUGGGGUACAUGGCUCUCUGCUGUACUCUACUAUGCUGCAAAUUUUGAAAAGAUAAAAUCAAUCGUUAAUUGUUUGGAAGAAGAAUGUGCUCCAGUCAGGAUCGUCAGUGAAAUCAUGCAGAAAAAGUCCCUCCACCGCGAUCUUCCAAUUUGCUUCCAAUUUUGCAAAUUUCCCACAAACUAUCAAUUCCCUUGAGAAAUGUGGCGAAACAUUAGUGAAUAACUUGCAGGUUUUUCAACAAAGUAACUAACGAUAUUCGUAAAAUUCCUGCCGAUGUAGGUAAAGACAUGCAAGGAAAAUGUGAGAGAGUGAUUUUAGCUAACAAAGAUCUUGAAGGAAUACAAAACAUAGCUAAAGUUCUCAAAGGUAGUUGUUAUGCACAAGAUAUUGACAUGAGCUUGUAAUAUCUUGUAGCUUGUUUUGGGUAUGCACCAGUGACCCCAAACUGAGGUAGAAAUAAGUUUUUUACAAGUGAAGCAUAUUCUGACUGACAGACGGCAUAGUUUAACAUCAGAUAAUUUGAAAAAAAUGCUAGUAAUUAAAUGCAACCAGGCAACUUUGGUCAAUUAAUGUAAUAUACCGUAAUAUUAUAAUUUUUGUAACCAUAUUUUGGUGAUGGAAAUACAUGCCUUUUUUGACAAUAAAUGCCUUUUUGUGCCUUUUUUGUAAUUUUAUUAUGCCUUUUUGCCAGCUUUUGCAAGUUUUUUAGUGCCUAAACGUCCUGGCUAGUUAUAACUCAGUAACAGAGACUGUGUAUUCUAUUCAAUGUGCAUGAUCCGCUUCCCUAUAGUUGAAUUGCCCUCUGCAGCUAUUUUUACCUAAUUACCCUUAAAACAGAAAAACAAGCUGCUGGAGAAACUCAGCGGGUCAGGCAGAAUCACCUUCCCACCACAGAUGCUGCUUGACAGUUGAAUUUCUCCAGCAGUUUUCUGCUUAAGAUUCCAGCACCUGCAGUCUCUCGUGUAAUUCGUAAUAAUGUAUUUUCUAUCUAUAUGAAAUGAAAAUGGUCUUGAAUAAAUAAUAUUUUAUAAUCAUGACUUGAUCACUGACUAUUCUUAUGCUUCAGGCAGUGAAAUUAAAAUAUCCUGCAGAUUCUGAAAAUCUGAAGUAAAACCUGCAGGUCAGACAACACCUCUGGAAAGACAGUUAA